CAGACGACGUCGUCGAAACCGAGUCGAGCCGACGACCGACGCUCGCACUCGUACCGGCUCGUGUAGCGUCGGUCCGCGUCGCGACGCAAACGUCGUCCACCUAACCUCACUUCCACGAUUAGUGCUCGUACGCUGCCUCCAGGCUCAAAGCAAUCGAACGUGUACCGCGAGUUCGAUUGUUGCACGUUUUUCGACGAAUCGACUCUGGCUCGUAUUUCGUCGUCGAUUUUCUCCAACUUCCGACGUAUCCCGACUCGACCAGUGGAUUGCGCGCGACUGGGCUUCCAAACACAGAUCGAAUACUCGACGAGUGAAAGAAGAGCCCAAGCUAAAGAAAAGGGAUGUAUAGGAUAACGGAACUGGAAAUCCACCCUUCUUUAACUAUCACGAUAGUGUCGGAAUGAAAUAAAUAAGCAGCAAUGCAGGCGUCUCCUUACGUGUCACGGGUCAACCAGAUCGACGCCGUGCAACUAGACGAGGAGAUCUACAAGGUUCUCAGAGAUCAAGCGAAGAAAAUCACCGAGUAUCAACUGGUGGACAGGGCCGAUCGAUGGCAGCCGGAGAUCGACGCGAUCGUUAAGUUUUUCGUUUGGUAUUUCUCGCUGCGUCACGGAAAAUCGACCUUCGGCCAACAACUACUCAAUUUGCAUUACGAGCAUAUCAACCGUACAAAGUCCAUUCUGUAUUUGGUUUUGACCGUCGGCCCGACUUACGUGCGCGAUAAACUCGUGGGCGGUGUCGCUAAUCAAAGAUUGAACGAGCUUUUCGAUCGCAUCGCGAAUUUGUCGAAACUGCUCGAGUUUAUCAAUCUGUUGAUUUUCCUACAUCGCGGAACGCAGCCUCGUAUCAUCGAAUAUUUGCUCGGGAUAGCGAGUCGUUCUACGACUACUCACAAACCUAGAAAUAUCGGGUACUCGUACAUGACCAGAGAACUCCUCUGGCACGGUUUGAUGGAGUUAUUCACCACUGGAUUACCCAUGAUCAAUUUUCACUAUUUGAAACAUGCGAUAAAAAAACUUCUGUCGCGUGGCAAUCGAGACAGGCUGCUGAGAUCGUUUCCCAGCAUGGAUGGGAGCACAAAAUGUUCGUACUGCAACGAUAAUCCGAUUAUGCCAGCGCACGCAGGUUGCGAACAUGUCUACUGUUAUUAUUGCUUAAAGGCUCACUUCACGGCGACGAAUCAAAUUCAGUGUUACGACUGCGGCGCGGAACUUUGCGUCGAAGAUAUGAAAAUGUUCGAAACGUCGCCUGCGUCGCUGAAUCCUGAUGAGACAAUAUGAAACGCUCUAAGAUCGCGGUGCAGAACCUCUCGGAGAUCGAAGGAGGCUUGAGGCUAUUUAUAUUUCGGAAGGUUCUCCCGUACGUUAAAAGAAAAAUUAUUUUUUGUGGAACAGAGUGCGGAUUUUAUGGAUUCAUGGUGUAUUAUUGUAUGAAAAUCAUAUACGAAACAUGUGUAAAGUAUAUUUCAUAAAAUAUUCUAUAUACCUUGUGCACAUGGUUUUUAUGUUUGCAUAUGAUGGAAAUGCAUAAAGUCUGCAGUGUAGUAAUAUUCUUGAUGAUUUUAAAAUUUGAUAGUAUAUUUUGUCACAAGACUAGCAAAUCUGGAAAGAAGUUCAAUAAUACUUGUAAUAUCAAAAAGAAUAAUUAGUAUUAGUAAAUGAUGGACUUACUAUAUAAACGCAACAAUUUUAUAAUUAUCCGUUUCGUAUAAAUUCGAGGUACAGUAAAUGGAAAGACAGGGCCAAAUGGACAUUGUAAAUACGUUAUGUAUAGUUGUAUAUAUAUUUUUUUAUUACAAAA